AUGGAAAAUGAGUUUUAUCUUAAACUAGUAAUAUUAACUAGAAAACUGUUGGAAACUGAAGGAGUUAGGCAUUUUUAUUUAUCCCGUCGUACAGUUAUUGAAAGUAGAUCAAGUGUUGUAUACGAUUCCUAUGGAGAUGAUUCUUCUAAUUCUACUGAUGAUUACAAUAAUGUAACCUUUCCUCGAGAAUUUGAUGCAUUUUCUGGAAAGUCAUACUUCUCAUACGAAGAUACAAAAGAUCCAUUCAACGAAGUAAAUGUAACGAAUGACUAUUAUUUUGAUAAUAAAAGUCGUGAAAUAUAUUCAGAUGAUAAUGGAUGGUAUAAUUAUGAUUUUAAUGAUGAAUCUAACGUGAAUGAUGGAAAUGAUAUAAUUGAUGAAACAAAUGAAAACGAUAGAUAUUAUGACAGUGAUUAUUAUACAGGGAGGGAUCGGGACGAAAUCUGGCAUAAACAGUAUGAGUUCGAAAAACAACAAACCAAUGAAACAAAUUAUACAACUCAAAGUCCUAAUGAAAACACAGAGGGAAAGGAAAACCAAACAACGACAACAACGACAAUAAAGAUGACGUCAGCAUCAGGCGUAAAAAGUUGAGAUGAUGUUACAUUAUUAUUCAUUUAUUAAAAAUAAGAUCCCAUAUUUUUUUAAAGAUGUAAACAGAAUAACUGAUAAAAGUGUACUUAAAAUUGCUGAAAACCGUGUUACUUGUUAUGUCAUAUGUUAAUGUCGGGUAGCCGGUAAAUUUGAGGGACAUUGUAAUGUUGACCAAAGAUGUAAGAAGUAGUUUGAAGAGGUCAGAAAGGUUUUGUAGACGGUUUUUGUUAUGGUAUGGUACCAGAUGGUUGAGGAUUGAAAAUAUAGAAACAUUUUUGUUCUUCCAAAUUUGAUACCACCUGUCAGUAAUGUCAAGGCAAUCAGCUUAUUGGGGAUUCAAAGAAAAAUAAUCAAGCCUAGUAGCAAAAUAAAUACAUUUAGACGAGUA